GUCUGCAGUGUUGGAAGAAGUACUCAGAUCCUUUGUUUAAGUAAAAGUACAAAUACGAUGGUCUUCAAAUACUCCAUUAAAAGCUGCGUCCUGCCCCCUGGUGGAGGGUCUGUACCUGCAGGAAGCAGACAGCAUGCUGCAGCUGCUCUGCACCCCCUCCCAGCAUCGCACAGACAUCCUGGCAUGGAUCUGCAGCAGUAUUAACCCAACCUUUGCCUAUUCCGAGGCAAUAUCUCUGAGAUCCAAACACCCAGAGGUUCGGAUUAAAGAAAUGUCUGUGCUGGGGCAGGAGCUGAUGCUGUGCAGAGCAGAGGACCUGGACCUGAUCAGGGGUGAUGCGAGUUCUCACCGGCAGCUUCGGUUCCUGCAGCAGCUGCUGUCUUUAGUUCCUGCCUGCGUGAAAUCUGCUGGGCACAGAGCGGAUCAGGAGCUGCUGCUGAACGAGCUCUACGCUGCUGAGAAUCUGCCCCACUUCACACAAAUGCUCGCACCAGCCCUGGACCCCUGGCCUGCACACAUCAAGGCUUUACGCAACAGCACCAAAUCAUCGUCCCAUAGAUCAAGUAGAGAAGAGGCUGCUGAUGUAGCUGCUCUUUUACAGCAGGCUCAGUCUACACUGGAGAAGCUGCAGUCAGAGGUAUGUGGUCAAGUUGCAGCACAAAUAUAG